AUACAGAGGGCGUCAAUCAGGCUGCAGGGUGGGACGCCGCAACCACACCGAAAGCAUUCUCUCCCCCCUCCCCUCCGCUGCAGCUCACGCUUCAUUCUGCGCCUGUUAGAUCGGGUCAAUCACGGCAUGAAGAUUGCACUGGUCGCAUCUUAUUCGAAUUGAUUCGUUUCGUCUGAUCCAAAGGGCAGGUCCUUGUACAAGCUUCACCGAAGUGUUGUUGAAUUUUUCGAGUCAGAAACUCUGAUUGAUUGUCCUUCGCUUCCACAUCCCCCUUCGCCUAUCACAACCAGGUUACAACACAUUAGGGGGGGAAAUACUUACAGUACAUUCCUUUAUACGAUUCUGCCCUGCCGCUUCUUUGCUGUUGACUGAUCUCGACCGUCACCAAUUGUUGCCUUCGACAGGUCCCCUAUUUACCAACUAGGAACAUACGCUAGAUCCCUAAAACAAGAUGAAUCGAUUCAGAACCCGCAAGAAGGGUAAGGAAGCCCAAAAUGCCCAGGACGAUAAAGAGGGCCAGCCACUACCACUAUUCACAUCUAAAGCGUUCAAGAGGGCGAAGAAACCGCAAGUAGAGACGACACCAGAGCUGGACCUCUCCUCAGCCCUCCCAUCAUCGGACGAUUUCAGAACCAGUUUACUCAUGCCGAAUCUCUCCGCGCGGUUUAGCAUGUUACGGGAGCAGGACGAUCCAAAUUCUAAAAUCGGGAAGGCCAAUGACGACAGCGUACUCUUGCCAAAGAGGGCGUCAAGACUCAAUGUUUUUGGCCAAGGCAACAAUCCCCUUGGGGACAUUGCAGAAGUAUCUUCGCUUCAUGGCAGCUCAGCUCGGCCAUCUUUUGCCAUCGGGCGCGGUUCAUUCGCCUCUGGAGAAGGCUACGCUACCGAUGAUGGGGACUUUUCCCCUGGCGGUAGUGUUAUGAGCAGAUCCAGGCCUGGUGAAGGGAACAACUUGUUUGGUGGGCGACAAAAAGUUUAUAAAAUACCGGUUGCGUCGACGACGCCUAGAAGUGGGUCGACUUCAGAAGCCUCAGGGACUGGGGGUGGGAUGGGAGGGAAAGCUGUGUAUGAGAAUGAUGUUACAUUAUCUGCUUUCCAGAAGCUGAGAGCGAAAGAAAAAGAGCAGCAGCAGCAGCAGCAGCUUGAGCUUGAGUUGGAAAUGCAGCAGAAUAGACAUGAUACGGAAGAUGAGGGUUCCUUGACUUCCCGACCGUCAGUUAAUCGUACCUCAACUUCGAAUACCUCAGUUGACUCCGCCCAGCGCAACUCAGGCCAGGGGACUAAUUCCCCAAUCGCCUCCAAAGCUGUAUUUUCUCCUAUAAAGCCUAAUCUUACUUCAACUGGAAUGGAGCGCAAUCCAACAAAACCUCGACGCUACGGUCAAGGCAUUGAGCCCAACACCCAACAGCCCUCUGCCAUUACGAGACUCGAAAGCCUUAGCCGCCAGCGAGCUGGGGUCAAUGACUCUACACAGAUAAAUCGAUCUUUGUCAAAGAGCACGACUAGUUUAAAUGAGAGAUUCCAGCAUCGCCAGCCAGUAUAUGCUUCUUCAGGUUUCCGCCCUACAAGCCCACCUCCAUCUGCUCCUACCACAAUUGCCGAGGCAGUUGAUGUUGCCAGGAAAGGUGAACCAGAGAAAUCUCCCGUUGGAAAUCCGGGGUUUGGCGUCUCAUCACAGUUAAGUCCCCCCAUUAGUGAGUCCGAGGAACAAAGAUCAUUAAGAUCAUUAGAGGCCGCGCUUCAGCCUGAGGAUCGGGGGAAGGCUACUGCUAUGGGCCUUUUCAACAAGCCAGCCACCCAGUAUGAUGAUACAAAAUUCUCACAACGGCAGCGUCAAAUGUAUGAGGGUAGAGAUACUCCUCCUUUGGGACGUCGCUCUCCACCACCACCUGCCGUUGAUGCGGAACACUCCGCACCUUCGCGCCAAGUUUCCAAUUCAACCCACCGACCGAAGGUGGAUACGCUGGUCUCACAAUACAAUAACCCCCAGAACGAAACUCGACUCAGCGGAGGAAAAUCCACUACGACAAAUAGUAGUCGUAGACCAUCGCCGUCCCCAUCGAGGUUGAAGCCAAUUAACGGCGCCUUCUUGAGUGGAGGUGAUAGCGGAAGUGAAGACGAACGAGAACCGACGCUAAAAAACAUGCUUACGGCGGUUCAGUCACUCGAAAAUAUCCAUCCCGCUUUCAGAUCUAGGAGCAAUUCUGGCGACUCGUCGCAGAGUUCUCUCAACAGAGGCUCUCACGCUGAUACUCCCGAAUUGCGAUAUUCGGAAACUCGAGACCUCAACACCAUACAGGAGAAUGAAGGCACUGAGGAACCUGUCGGUGACGCCCCGGAUUCGCCUACACUUGGUCCCUUAGGGCUCGGUUUAAGCGGGCUAGUUCGUACACAUCUUCGGCACGAUAGUGACACUUCGAUCUACCCGCCGCCGUCCCCGGGUAUUUGUAAAAUCAAAGAUACCGCUCGAGAGCUUAAUCCCGCCGUUAAAGCCGCUAGAGAUUCUGACCAUGCCGCUAGUGUUCACAGUAACCCAUGGGAAUAUGAUGACCUAUAUAAGCUAGUCAGUCCAGCAUCUGAUAAUAAAGAACCCGCGAAGCAAACUGGACAGCCUGAUUUCUCCUCUAUGUCAAUGAGAGCGAAGCAAAUGCUCGGGCAGGCCACUGCUUUACGUAUACAGACGCAGGCGCAUGUACCAUCACCAGCAGGACCGCCGGAUAACUCUAAUAUCUCACCUCCCAACCAUAUGCGUGACCAGUCAUCCAGAGGCCCGACAAGCCACAGUUCACCGUGGCAAGAGGAACACAAACCACGUCAUCAAAGGGGUGCAAGUUCAGAAACGCAGAACGAGCGUGAAGAACUUGCGAACGAGCUAGCUGAGCGGCGAAAGAAGGUGCAAGAGAAAUUACGAAGCUUCGCUGAGAGCGAAAGCAGAUCAGGUAGUCCGUCUUCCGGCCAUCGUUUCCACGAUUAUAGUUCCGGACCAAAACACGGUAAUGCCUUUGCAAUGCUUAAGAGCAAAACCGGCAGAAGCCCUAUGGGCGGUCGAGCUGAUGCACCUCAGUCAAAAGCCAUGAAAAUGCUUGGCAUGGACAAUUCUUUCAACUCAUCCUCGCCAAUCCUCCCCACAAGCGAUUCAUGGCUGGACGAUGAGGAGAGAGCCUCCCGUAAUCGUGGGAGGGAAUCUCGUUCGGGAUCACCCCAUCUCGGAGCUCGCAAUCACAAUCGACCAUGGCACCCACAAGGCAGCAUCAGGGGGAGAGUAAGCCAGGAUGGGUCCAGAGAAUCAUUUACUGGUGAUCCUUCUCCACCAUCGCACCGGAGCUCUGGCAGAACCCGAUCUAGUUCAGACGUGUCAGGCCGGUCAAAAAGCCAACCGCGCUAUCGUGAUGAUCUUGAACCUGUAGGGGAACAUACAAUCGGCCACGGCGAAGUGCAAAGCGAAGAACUUAAGUCUUCAAAGGCUUCGGCAUCUGUUUCAUCUUCCUCCCGACCGUCAGAAGAGGUCAGCGACUAUAGGUCUUCUGAGCGAUCUACAUCUGGGGCCUCUGGUAGGUACCGGAGUAAUAGCCGCUCAGCUGCACAGGGUUAUUACGAUCCUAACCCUCCCAUCCCACUUCAAACCCAUCAAUCCGAUUUAAUCGGCAAUCCCCCCCGUCCCUCUCCAGUAACUCCAUAUUCCGCCAACGCAACACCGCCUCUCAACGAAGCUUCCCCAAUCCACGCCUCCACCUCGACUCCCACUCUCGUGCCUCCCAUGAAUAUCAGCAGUAGCCAACGCAACCAAGGGCUUGGGGGCGCACAUAAACGCGUAAUCGACAAAUCCAAGAUUUCCGAGCCGACCUUCCUCUCCUCAACCUCCAACGUACCGACAGUCGGUCUCCCGCCAGGCGCCAGCCUCACCAACGGCUCAACCCCGCCAAUACCUCCCAUGAACCCCCGACGCAGACGGCAAACGACAACGCAGACUUUUAUAAACGCCUUCAAGAGCUCUGACAGAUACGACCAGCCAUCCAUGCCUGGUUCAAACCCUACUGGCCUGAUGGAUGAACAACUACAUCAACAACAGUAUCAUCAGCAUCAUUCUCAUAAUAAUCAUCAGAGUAUAUUUUCUGAAGAGGAGAAGCGGCCACGACCACGUCAAAAGUUGCGAAAAAUAUCAAGCGAGGGUGGUAAUCUGAAUGCGAAGGCUCGUCAACAGCUUAUGAAUAAUAGCUCUCCGGCGCUACCGCAACUUCCGAAGAAGUUGCCCAUGGAAGGGGGCAUGUUUUGAGAAGAUUGCCUAUUUUUCUCUUUUUUUUGUCUAAAUUUUCAUUUUACGUUUAGAGAGCCCCUGAAGGUUAACAAAACUCGUUGAGGGCGUGUGGUUUAUACACCUUUCUAUAUCUUUGUUGCUGUAUUGAUGUCACAUUUUCCUUUUUCUUAGGGGCAUGGUUCCCUUUGGAUACAUCAUUCUAUUUGCCACCUGUCUUAGCAUUUUUCUUGUCUAUUUCCAAUGUGAUUUCUUAGGCCACAUUCUGGACUGUACAAUAUUCCCUUCUUGUUUCUUUCUCAUUUUCUUUGCGCAGGAGACAAAAAGACGUUCAAAGCCAGUUGGGUUCAUUCAAUGUGACAUUCAACCCCCCCGCUUCUUUUUGCUUUACAUAUUCUUUGGCCUUUUUACUCGUUUAAGCCGAGAGGAUCAUUGUGUGAUUCAGUCGGUUGUUGGUUGUUGCAUGUAUAUCUAUGUAUGUACAAGAUUCUGUCUCUCCCUGGCCCCCUUGGAUUUCUUUUCCUGCACUUUUUCUUCUUUUCUCUGAUAUAUAUCCAUGUCUACUUCUCCUCAGCCGCGGAGGGCCCCGGGUGACCAAAAAAAUAAAAAAUGAACAAAACAAAUGCAAAAAUUAUUCUACUUUCAAAAAUUGCGAGGGAAGCGGGAGUGGGAGGAGGUGGUGACUUCAACUUUGGGUGAAUGAAACACUCCGAUAUACCUUCCCACUUUACUUCCUCACUCUGAAUGUGUCUGAUGAAUGGGAUGGAGUUGACCACUGUAUACUGGUUUUACGUCUGUGACCUGGAUGUGUGAGAUUAAUUCACGGUGGGAUUUUUGUGUGUUACCUUGGUUGAUUUAACAUCAACUAGAGUUGGACUGCUUUGAUAGGGUUGGACCGCGGCGUUCGUUUCGAUAUACUUAUCACUUUCUUCGUGCUAUUCAUUUCUCAUCAUAUUUAUUAUCUCCUAUCAUCAUCAUUACCAUCAGCAGCAGCAUCUCAGCAAGAGUCACAUCUCAAUGCGUUGUGUGGAGGAGGAGGUGGAAUAUCCGUGUCCCAGGCUU